UUGCACUCUUCCUCGUGUUUGUUUUCUCUGAUUUUCUUCGCCACUCAAUCCUGUGUCUCUAUAUUUCACUUGUCAUUAUCAAAAGAUAAACUUCCCCAUAUCACAAGAAAUCAACCCAACCCAUAUCUUUAGCUGGAUUAUUAAUCUUUUUGGUCGCACUGAAAUAAUUAAUUACGUUACUAUAAUUGAAAAUGGAUGCAUACACAUGUACCUGUUUGUAUGGAUAUCUAUAUCAUACAAACAAGACCCGAAUUCGGGUAUAAUCUACCUCUGCCGUCCAAGACAACCUGCGGAAGUUGGGUAAAGAGCAGGUGCAUCAAUGAUUGUAACGAGGAAGGGAUGUGAUGUAAGAUUGGAUUUUUCUUGGUGGGGUCUUGUCAGAUGAGUAAAAGGAGGGAUGGGGUUUAGUAGCUGUUUCGGUGCAUUCGGUUCUACUUGCAAGGAAACAAGUAAAACACAGAGGCCACGAGAGCUCGCUACAAGCAAUGUCAGGCUGUUCUCAUACAACUCUUUGCGGUCAGCAACAGGACACUUUCACCCAUCAAACAGAAUAGGAAGCGGCGGUUUUGGAGUAGUAUACAGGGGUGUUUUGAGGGAUGGAACUCAAGUUGCCAUCAAGUGUCUAUCUGCUGAUUCGAAGCAAGGGACCACUGAAUUCUUAACAGAGAUUAAUAUGAUUUCAAAUAUUAGACAUCCAAACCUUGUUCAGUUGAUUGGUUGUGGCAUCGAGGGCAGUUAUCGGAUAUUGGUAUAUGAAUAUAUGGAGAAUAACAGCCUUGCAAGUUCUCUACUCGGUUCAAAAGUUAAAAGGCUUGAGAUGGAUUGGUCCAAGAGAGCUAACAUAUGUAGGGGUACAGCUUCUGGCCUUGCUUUUCUGCAUGAGGAAGCUGACCCAAGUAUUGUCCACCGUGAUAUAAAAGCCAGCAACGUUCUUCUUGAUGAGAACCUUCAUCCCAAAAUUGGUGAUUUUGGGCUAGCAAAGCUUUUCCCCGACAACGUCACUCAUGUUAGUACUAGGGUGGCAGGAACAGUUGGAUAUCUAGCUCCAGAGUAUGCCUUGCUAGGACAGCUUAGUAAGAAGGCAGAUGUCUAUAGCUUCGGGGUGCUUGUACUCGAGCUGGUAAGUGGCAGAAGUAGUAGUAAGGCGGCAUUCGGGGAGGAUCUGUUGGUUCUAGUGGAAUGGACCUGGAAACUAAGAGAAGAAGGUAGGAUUUUAGAGAUUGUUGAUCCAGAAUUGGGAGAAUAUCCAGAAGAGGAAGUUAUACGCUUCAUCCAAGUUGCACUCUUCUGUACCCAAGCAGCUGCUCAUCAAAGGCCUGGAAUGAAGCAAGUGCUUAAGAUGCUCUCUGAGGAGGUUAACCUUAAUGAGCAGUUACUUGAUGCUCCGGGAGUCUAUAGACCGCAUACCUCUAGGCAAUCAGGCGGUGGUGGCUUGCAAAUAACAUCCUCACGGUCGGACAAGGGCAAGAUGUCAGCAUAUUUUGCGAUGUCAGCUGGGUUGGAUACUUCUCAAAGUGUGACACAAAUGCUUCCCAGAUGAAGCCAAGAGUCCAAAAUUCCCAAUUGUUGGUCUUGUGUUGAUCCUCCUUGAGAAUGGCUAAAAGUUGUAUCUUCUGCUCGCCUGAUCUUGACGACUUGUUCUACCGGUCUCCUAUUUGGAAAUCUAAUCAGUGGAUUUCUGCGUGGCUUAUACCCGACACUAAACGUGGUGAACAAAGACUACGGAUCCAAACGUUUGUUUUCCUCUCUGCUCAAGGAUUUUCGCGUCAUUUCCGCUUGUGAUGUCUUCAAGUGGUUUGCAGAGCUGGAGCCUAUUUUAUAAAGUUGAAGUUUGAAAUCUGAAUUCGAAAAUUAGUGUAAAAGUAUAAUGAUUGGUCACACUAUUAAUAUUAACUUAAGGGCAUUAGGAAAAUAGUAGGCUAAAUACUUUUCCAACAAAGCCAACUAAUUUUUCUUAAACUGUAUGAAAAAAAACACUAAAACUAUCAACAGACAGGGACAGGGAGAGUAGUUGUUUGUUGCAAAAUCUUUUGGUCGCGUUGCCAAAAGCAAAUAUAUGUACUUUGUAGCUUAGAAGUUAUGAAUUAUCUUGAUGUGGAGGAA